AUGCCGCAGCUCUCAGAUUCCCAUGUGAGGCACUUGAAUGAAGAUUUUUCCAUGGAGGAGGUGAGGAAAGCAGUCUUCGAUAUGAAGCCGCUAAAGGCCCCGGGUUCAGAUAGGUGCCCCCCCAUCCUAAAGGAGGAGAACGCAAGCAGGGUAGAGCUCUUCAGGCCUAUUGGUUUGUGUAAUACCAUUUAUAAAGUGAUCUCAAAAUGCUUGGUGAACAGACUGAAGCCUAUUUUGGGUGAGUUCAUUGGUGAAUUCCAUAAUGCGUUUUUUCUAGGAAGACUCAUCACGGAUAGCGCGAUGAUGGGGCAUGAACUGAUACAAUGUAUAAAAGGGAGAAGGAAGAAGGAUGGGAUCUUUGCAGGGCUCAUGAAGGAAAAUCUAAAUAAAUCCUAUGACAAGAUCCGGUGGGACUUCAUCAACUCCAUACUAAGACAAAUGGCUUUCCCAGAAAGAUGGAUUCAAUGGAUAGACCAGUGCAUAACUACGGUCAGGUAUACUGUUUUGGUGAAUGUAGACCAGACUGAAUGGUUUUCCCCUAGUGCAGGGCUUUGA